AGUAGUAUUUAAGCAUUCAUUCGGGCGUUCAAGUUAGUCUGCCUCAAGUCGAAAGCCAGUGCCGAGCUUUGGAAUAAAACAGCUCUUUUUUCGCAAAGUAGUUCUGUAUUGUGUAAAAUAUCAUGAUGGAUUACGAUUCCGAUAUUUCCACAAAAGUUGUGAGGGUGAACCGCACCUACAACGUCUAUCGCGGUACCUCCCCAUCCACACAAAACAGAUUAGAGACAGUUGUUCGCAAAGAGACUCGGGUAGUCAAUACCGAGAAGCAACUGUUCGAAGCCGAGGAACAGAGAUUUUUGGCACGCAUCCGGGAACUGGAAGAUGCCCUUGAUGGAGAACGCGACACCAGACUGAGAUUCGAGAAACAAUGUGCCGAGCUGACUUUCCAACUGGACCAGAUGUCCGACCGACUUGAGGAAGCUUCCGGAAUGUCAUCUUCACAGUUGGACAUCAACAGAAAGAGAGAAUCAGAAUUAGUCAAGCUCCGCAAGGACUUUGAAUUAGCCAAUGCCCAGUUCGAGUCAGCAGAAGCCAGCAUGCGCAAGCGUCACCAAGAUGCUCUUAACGAUCUCGCUGACCAACUUGAAUACAUGACAAAAGCCAAGGGCAGGGCAGAAAAAGAACGAGGACAGCUUGUGGCCGAACUCGAUGGCUUACAGGCCCAUACUGAGGGCCUUCAAAAAGCCAAGGCUUCUGCCGAUGCCAGGAUCGAUGCUUUGGAGGGAUCUGUGUCCAGACUGAAGGCUCAAGUAGAUGACCUUACCCGCCAAAAUAACGAUCUCAACGGCCUUAAAGGUAGACUCACUCAGGAGAAUUUCGAUCUUCAACACCAGGUGCAGGAAUUAGAUGCCGCUAAUGCCGGUCUCGCCAAAGCCAAAUCUCAGCUUCAAGUUCAGUUGGACGACUUGAAGAGAAACUUGGAUGACGAGAGCAGGCAACGUCAGAACCUGCAGGUUCAACUCAGCGCCCUGCAGAGUGACUAUGACAACUUGAACGCCCGUUAUGAGGAAGAAUCUGAAGCCGCCUCCAACCUCCGCGCCCAACUCAGCCGUGUCAAUGCCGAGUUUGCCGCCCUCAAGACCAGAUUUGACAAAGAACUUCUGGCCAAGACCGAAGAGAUGGAAGAAAUGAGACGCAAGUUGAGUGUCAGGAUCCAGGAAUUGGAGGACCUUCUCGAACAGACCCGCCUCAGAUGCACCAACCUCGAGAGGACCAAGUCCAAACUCACCGCCGAGCUCAAGGAAGUCACCAUCGAACUUGAGAACUGUCAAAUCAUUGUGCAAGACCUCACCAAGAGGAACAGACAGCUGGAAAACGAAAAUGCUGCUCUUCAAAAACGUGUCGAUGAACUUUCCGCCGAGAACGCUCAACUCCGCAAUGACAAACAUGCCCUUGAACAGGAAGUCUACAGACUCAAGGUCUCCAACGCUGAACUUGCCGAGAAGAACGCCAACCUCGAGAGAGAAAACAAGAGCCUUUCUGAUCAACUUCGUGAAGCUAACCAAGCUCUCAAGGAUGCCAACAGAACCAUCAAUGAGUUGAACGCCAUCAAGGCUGCCCUUGAGACUGAGCGCGACAACCUUGCCGCCGCUCUCCGUGACACCGAGGACGCUCUCCGCGACGCUGAGGCUAAACUUGCCGCAGCCCAGGCCGCCCUCAACCAGCUUCGCGCCGAAAUGGAACAGAGGCUCCGUGAAAAAGAUGAGGAAAUCGACAGCAUCAGAAAGAGCAGUGCCCGUGCAAUUGAAGAACUCCAGCGUACUCUUGUUGAGGUGGAAACCCGCUACAAGACUGAAAUCACCCGCAUCAAGAAGAAAUACGAAACCGAUAUCCGUGAACUUGAGGGUGCCCUUGACAACGCCAACCGUGCCAAUGCUGAAUACCUUAAACAGAUCAAAUCUCUCCAGCACCGUGUCAAGGACUUGGAAAGCGCCUUGGAAGAGACCCAGCGCCAACUCGACGACUGCAGAGGCCAACUCUCCAUUUCCGAAAGGAAACGCAUCUCCCUCCAACAGGAACUCGACGACUGCCGUUCCCUCCUCGACGCUGCCGAGAGAGCACGAAAGAAUGCCGAGACCGAACUUGGAGAGACCUCCCAGCGCCUCACCGAAGUCCAGCUCCAGAUCACCGUCCUCUCCAACGACAAACGCCGCCUGGAGGGAGACAUCGCCGCCAUGCAGAGUGACCUCGAUGAUGCCCUCAACGCCCAGAGAGCCGCCGAGGAACGUGCCGACCGUCUCGCUGCCGAGGUCAACAGACUCGCCAGCGAACUUCACCAGGAACAAGAGAACUACAAGAACGCCGAGAGUCUGCGCAAACAGCUCGAGGUUGAAAUCCGCGAGAUCACUGUGAGACUUGAGGAAGCCGAGGCCUUCGCCACCCGUGAAGGAAAGAGACAGAUUGCCAAGCUCCAGGCCAGAAUCCGUGAUUUGGAAGCUGAAUUGGAAGCUGAGCAGAGACGUCUCCGUGAAACCGCUGCCAACAUGCGUAAAUACGAGCGCCAAUACAAGGAAAUUGUAACCCAGGCCGAGGACGACCGCCGUCAAGUAGCUGAGCUGACCAGUCUCGUCGACCAACUCACCAUCAAAAUCAAGACAUACAAACGCCAGAUCGAGGAGGCUGAGGAUGUAGCCAACUUGACAAUGAACAAAUACCGCAAGGCUCAGCAAUUAAUCGAGGAGGCUGAACACCGCGCCGACUCCGCCGAGAAGAACCUUGCCGCCGUCCGCAGAACACGAUCAAUGUCUGUCACUAGGGAAGUCACCAAGGUCAUCAAAGUCUAAAUGCAUAUAUUUUUAGGAAGCAUUCAUCAUAAUUCAAGAGACAUUUAUUUUAAAUUCGCGCAACGCAAAAUAUUAUGAUGUUAUAGAGACUAUAUUCCAAAAUUUCCCUUGUACAGAUUAUUUAUUUUUGUUAUUUAUAAUGUGCUGGAGGCUAAAGCAAAUGCGUGUUUGCUGCAUGACGUUGACUUUUAUUCGUAUAAAUGAUAUAUUGCAAAAAGAGGGAGUUGGUGAAGCCAUAGCUCGGCACGGCCAGGAUAGCAACAGCUCUGACGGUAGACCUCAACACACACAUCAAUGACAUCAUCAAAGUCUGUGUACACUGUGCUUCACGUUAAUGAAUGAAAUAUGCGGCAAGAGUGAACUUCUACAAAAUGUGCAAUAGUUAUGUGAUAUUAAAGUACUGCCAUAUUUAGAGUACUUUAUGUUGAUAUUUUAUUUGUUUAAAUAUAUAAGUAUAUCACGUUAAUAAAGAAAGGGGACUGUUUCUAACUUGUCGUCGUCUCUGUAAGAUUGAAUUUUCUGUAUAAUGAUUGUUGUGUUCUGGUGUACAAACAUUUUAUGACUGUAUUUUACAAUAUUUCAAAAAAUAUCUGUUUUUGUUUUAAAAGAGAGAGAAGAUGACUUCAAGUUUUAAAAAAUGUAUGUUUCCCUUGCUACAAUAAAUUCCGUCACUGUUGCUUUUGAGAAA